GAUGGCUAGAUAUUCAAAUACUAGUCAGGACUCUCAAAGUCCCUUACUAGUAGACUCGGUCCAAAAAUCACCUCGUCGCCGCACUCGCCUUAUCUGGUCUUUGAGUGCCUUGGCAGUGUUUGGCUUGACAUGUAUCUAUCUUACACACUCUUUACCUUCGGCCCCUAUCGAGGGUAUACAUAGCCAGGCCUUCUGGAGUGACAGUGCUGCAGCAAAAGUUGUUGCCCCUGGAAUAUCGCUGAAAUCGUUUAACCACGGGUUAUCUAAGUGUCAGUCUAUUUUGGAACGUCAACACAAGGAAACCAACACCUCUCGUGUGCGCCACAGAAACCCCAGAGCCGUUUCAAAGGAGAAGCUACUAUUGAUAAAAAACGGCCAGAUUUGGCUCAAUGACCGCUACCUUCACGGAGAUAUUCUUAUUGAAGACGGUCUUAUUACUGCUGUUGACAAAGAUAUCGAUGUACCCGAUGCACGCGUCAUCGAUGCCAAAGGGCGUAUUGUCACACCCGGUAUUGUGGACAUGCAUUCUCAUAUGGCUGGCAGUAGUUUCCCUGGUUUAAGAGCGUCAGAUGAUAUUAAUGAAAUGACACAUCCCACUACUCCUUAUGUACGCGUUAUCGACGCUAUCAGUCCAAGUGAUCCCGGAUUGAAAAUCGUGGCUAGCGGUGGUGUUACAACAUCGCUUAUUCUUCCUGGCUCUGGCAACCUGAUGGGUGGAGAGGCCGCCGUGAUCAAGCUACGACCCGUUCCGACAUUGUCCAACCAAGACAUGUUGAUCGGCGCAGGUGUUGAGGAUGAAGAUGAAGAAAUAGUGUGGCGUUAUAUGAAGAUGGCUUGUGGAGAAAACCCCAAAACAUAUUACGGAGGAUAUCUCAACAGAGCACCCAUGACACGUAUGGGAGAAAAUUACCUGUUCCGGAAAAGAUUCGAAGAAGCGCAGGCACUCAUGAGAGCACAAGACGACUGGUGUGAUGCUGCGACAAGAGUAAACGCAACUUUUCCCACCGAUAAACCUAUUGACGAAACUACAAUCACUCGCCUCACGGAGAGAUUCCCAGAGUUAAUUGAUCUUGAGAGUCUAGUAGCCCUACUCAGACACGAAGUUCUGUUGAAUAUCCACUGUUAUCUCCCUCAAGAUAUCGAAGCUAUGAUUAGUCACUCGCUUGAGUUUGAUUUUGAAAUCGCUGGUCUCCAUCAUGCAUUGGCAGCAUGGAAAGUACCAGAAGUUAUCAAGCGCGCAAAGACCAACAUAACUAUUGCUACAUUUGCUGACAUGUGGGGAUACAAGGCCGAGGCAUGGGAGCAGAAUGUUCAUGCACCUUCUAUCCUCGCUGAUGCUGGUAUCCCUGUUGCAUUCAAGAGUGAUCACCCUGUAAUGAAUGCCCGUGAUUUAAUGCAUGAAGCUCAAAAAGCCUUCCAUUAUGGUUUUGACGAGCAUCUGGCUUUGGCUGCCGUUACAAGCGUUCCUGCUAAGGCUCUCAAGCUUGACCAUCGUAUCGGACGUAUUGCUCCUGGAAUGGAUGCUGAUAUUGUCAUAUGGGAACGACAUCCUCUUCGUUUGGGUGCGCGACCUCAAAAGGUUAUCAUAGAUGGCGCUGAAAUGAAUUUCAAAGCAUCAUGGGCAAAGAGCGUCGAAGAAGAUCAGGAUUCAACCUGGGUUGAUACCUUGGCUGAUACAGUAGAUGUAGCUGACAAAAAAGAAGAGAAAAAGGGUUGGCUACCUCCGUUUAGUACUAGUACUAUGAAGCUCGAAGAUCACGGUUUGAACAACCCAAUCAAAUUCGACGAAGCUUGUGGACCAAAUGUUAAUUCAUUUGUGAUGCGCAACAUUGGCCGUUUGUACAUGGGUCCCGAUGAGACUUACGAUUCUACUAUGGCCAAAGAACGGAUUGGUUUGGUAGUCAAGGAUGGUGUGAUUAUCUGUGCUGGUAUUGAAUGUGACAGAGAGCAUGUUGAAUGGCCAAAAUCCAGCCCUGUCUUUGAGAUGGGUGGCGCUGUGAUUAUUCCGGGUAUUUUUUCUGCUGGCGAGUCUCUUGGCUUAAUAGAGAUUCAAGCUGAAUCAAGCACCCAAGAUGGUAUUGCCAAAAACGAUGUAUCCGAUCCGAAACUCGCCCAAACUGUAGUCAGAGCUGCUGAUGGUAUCAAGUUGAAUGGUCUCCAUCUUCAAAAGGCCUUCAAGGCUGGUGUCACAACUUCAAUCAGCCAACCUUUGGUUGAAUCUGCUGGCCUAGCAGGUGUAUCAGUGUCUUUCCGUACUGGUACAGAACGCACAGUAUUGGACACCAAUGAUACAAUUAUCAAUGAUGAGACUGCUCUUCAUUUCGUUGUUGGAACUUCUGGAUCUACUACUGUUUCACAGCAGAUUGCUGCUAUUCGUGACCUCUUAACCACUAAUGUGAACAAAGAUGCGUCCACCAACGUGUUUGCUCGUGCUGCCCAAGGAAAGCUACCUGUUGUUAUUCAAACAAAUGACAAGGAUGAAAUUGCAUCUAUUGUUCAAAUGAAGAAACAGCUUUAUGAUCAGUCCAAGCAGCAGUUUAGUGUCAAGUUUAUUAUCCUGGGUGGCGCUGAGGCACACCUUGUUGCCGAUCAUCUCAAACGUCUCGAUAUCCCUGUCAUUCUAUCUCCCGCUCGCUGUUUCCCCGGUGAUUGGUCCUCACGCCUGUGCCUUUCUGGCCCUCCUCUUACUCCCUUCACAGGUCUUGAUAUCCUCAUCGAUCGCCAGGUGCGUGUAGGUUUGGCCUCUACUGAUGUUAAUAAUGGAGAUGCUCGCAAUUUGAUCUGGGAAGCUGGCUGGAAUCUUGCACACAACGGAAAGCUUGAUGAAUCACAGGCUGUUGGACUAGUAACCUGGAACAUCGCUGAUAUAUUUGGACUUGGUUCUAAGGAUAUUGGAACCAUCCAAGUUGGUCACAAGGCUGAUUUUGUGGCAUACAACAGCAACCCAUUCGAGUUUGGAUCGCGAGUUUUGAUGGUCUAUGGUGGUGGACAUUCUGGUCCUGAAUGCUUUCCAAAGCAGAUUUAAUAAUUAAUCGAAAAUGUAAAACAAAACAAAACAAAACAAAACAAAACAAAACAAAACAACAACAACAAAAAGUAUAUGGAGCUUGUCUUUAUGAAACAAAAGUUCAAAGAAAAGUGCAUAGCAUAAGGCAGCAUAAAAUAAUUUUAUUUCUCUCUCUCUCUCUGUUGUUUUAUAUUGUGGGAAAGUAAUGUUAAUAACUAUUACUUCUUUGUAAGAUUUUAUCUCCCUCUUCAAGUUCGAUAGAUCUAUCAAGAUGAUGUAAGCCAUAAAUGGGUGGUGGCUCAACAAGUUGAGCAGAUUGUGGAUCAAAAGUAGUUUGAUUUUGGACAAAUGGGUUUGGAAGAGGUGCAGGAGGAUGACUCAAGUUUGCAGAGCUAGAAACUGAGCUGGGAGCUGAAGAGCUAGAAGGAGAACCAUGGUUUGAUGUAUAAUUCCCUGAUGUUGGAAUAUUUGGAGAAAGAUGAUUUAAAUGAUUUGAAUGAUUGUAUUGACUGUGCUGAUUGUAUUGGUUGUAUUGGUUGUAUUGGUUAUGUUGAUUAUUUGCAGUAUUACUCUGAUAAGGGUUCAUAAUUGGUGAUGAAUUCAAAGUUGGAUUGAUUUGGUUUUGUAAGCUUAUAAGAGUAUCACUAAUAGAUCGUUGAGCAUUGUCCCGAAGCGUCGAGAUUGGUUGUGAAGGAAUACUUGAGCGUACUCUGUAAGAAUGUGCUAGUCAAGCAUCGAUAACACUGACACUAAAGAGGGAGAAAAUCCCCGAGCUUUGAUUGGGGUUUCAUUUCUUAAAUUUACCUUUCUAACUUGGUUUGCAAAAUAUUUAGUGAAUUGUUGCUCUCUAUAUUGUACUUGUUCACCAUUUUUGAGUAUAGAGCUGAGGCUGAUUCCAACGCGGCUUGCUUCCCUUCCAUAGCUAUUGCCCUAAUUGGCUUAAAUUCCUGUGAUCGGCUUGAUCCACAGCUUCGAGAUCUUUCAUCAUGACCAAAGCGAUCUCUUCGAUUGAAUCUUCGCUCUCGACUUUCCUGCGCCAGCUGGUCUCGCCACACAGCAAGGUCUUGUCGUACAUUUAGACCUGGCGGGUUUAUUCUUGGAGUUAAAUUUUGGUGUUGAAAGUUGAUAUUUGGUGAUUGAAUGUUAAGAUUUGGUGGUUGAAUGUUAAGAUUUGGUGAACGAAUGUUGAUACUUGGUGGACGGAGGUUAAUAUUCGACGAGGGAAUAAAUGGAUUACGCUCUGGUAUAUUUAUAUGCUGUCUACUUGGUAAUGGGGGACUAUAAAAAGAGUUGUUUUCUGGAUGGGUUGUGUUCGACAUGUUCAAUAGAGCCUCGACAGCUGCCUCCAUGUUACCCUUGACUGAGUCAAGGACACUGCUGAUAAUUGAAGCUUCGAAGCUAGGAAACGCUUCUUUAAGCGUUUCUAAUUUUGAUGUCAUAAAAGGAU